AUGGGAGGUCACAAAGUUGGGACGGGGGAUGGUGGAAACUACAUUGCAGCAAAAUUAGUGGACAAACAAAGACAUCCAGAUGCAAGUUUCACACUUGAAAAUGAAUCAAAUGGUAUGGGUCUAUGCCAUCCUAAUAUAAUACACAUAAUUAAAGUUAUAAAUCCCAAUAAACAGUUUGGAAUAGUUUUAAUGGAAAAAUGUUGUGGUACGGAACUUCAAAAACUCUUGGAUGAUCCACAAUAUCCCAUUACUGAGGCAAGAAAGAUAAGGUAUACACUUGACAUUGCUGAAGCUCUUCUGUACUGCCACAGAAGGAAUAUACUACAUCUCGAUGUGAAGCCAAGAAAUGUUAUUGUCUGUGAGAAUACCGAUAGAUGUAAACUUUUUGACUUUGGAAGCUCAUUAAAUUUGAAGAAGCAAUCAAAAAAACAAAGGAACUUAAUGUCCACAGUAAUAUAUACAGCACCAGAAAUGUUUAAAGGGGAAGAAGAAACACCAGCAGUUGAUGUUUAUGCCUUAGGUAUAACUAUGUGGCAGAUAGAGCAACGUGAAAUACCAUAUAGUAUGUAUCACACUGCUGAAGAAUUAAUACUACAGGUAAGUGCUGGCCUGAGACCAAAGCUGAGCAGUACCAAUGACACCUACACUGCCUUAUACAGAGAAUGUUGGAAGGAUGAUCCUUUGUGUAGACCUAACAUGCUGCUGAUUACUCACAAAUUAUCUGAAAUGGCUGAUGAACACCUUAAGUCUCAGAGAAAAUACUAUGAUCAGAAAUGCUUAGGGGAAAAUUGUUUUUAUUCUUCACUUAAAUGA